AAGGAACUGAUCAAAACUUCAGGUAGAAGAUAAAUUUCAGAAUAAGAAGAAACUUGAGCACACUGAAAAGAAAUCACAGAAGGAUUGUGGAGAAGAAUCUAGAGUACAAGUUCUGCAUUUAGAUUGGAGACUCUUUAGACCAGAUGGACUCUCAAAGGGUAGGAAGAUGACUCGCCUGGCGCAGGAGUUACGAGCCCCGUCCCAGUGAGACCUCCAGAAUUAAGAGCAAAUGCGUGGGGAAGUCCCGCCGCCCAGGGCAGCGUCGCAGCUCUCGUGAACCGCAGGCAUCGACGCCUCUCAUACUUGCUCCUCUGGCCCGAGCACUCUGCCAGCGUUUCCUACCCCACGAAUGGCUACUCAGAGGAAGCACUUGGUGAAAGAUUUCAACCCUCAUAUCACCUGCUAUAUCUGCAAAGGCUAUCUCAUCAAGCCCACCACAGUAACUGAGUGCCUCCAUACCUUUUGUAAGACUUGUAUUGUUCAACACUUUGAAGACAGCAAUGACUGUCCCAGGUGUGGCAACCAAGUGCACGAGACCAAUCCACUAGAAAUGUUAAGGCUGGAUAACACCUUAGAGGAAAUUAUAUUUAAGCUGGUGCCUGGACUUCGAGAACAGGAACUGCAGCGAGAGAUUGAAUUUUGGAAGAAAAACAAACCUCAAGAAAAUGGACAAGAUGAAAGCCCAAAAGCUGAUAAACCCAAAGUAGAUGAGGAGUGUGAUGAAAAUGAAGAAGAUAAAGACUAUCACAGGAGUGACCCACAGAUUGCUAUUUGCCUCGACUGUUUACGCAACAAUGGGCAGUCAGGAGAUAAUGUAGUCAAAGGUUUAAUGAAGAAAUUUAUCCGCUGUUCUACUCGAGUGACUGUGGGAACUAUCAAAAAGUUUCUCAGCUUAAAAUUAAAACUUCCAAGUUCUUAUGAGCUGGAUGUACUAUGCAAUGGAGAAAUCAUGGGGAAGGAUCAUACUAUGGAAUUCAUCUAUAUGACAAGAUGGAGACUAAGAGGCGAAAACUUUCGGUGUCAGAACUGCUCAUCUUCGCAAGUCUGCUCACAGGAUGGCACUUUUUAUCAGUCUUACCCUAUGGUACUUCAGUAUCGACCUAGAAUUGACUUCGGUUAGACCAAAGGGCCAGAUCCCACUGAGAUGAAUCCUGCACUAUUUGUUUACCCAUCGACAGAUUGCACAAUGAAUGGAUGUGCCUGGAUUAGGGGGACACAACCAGAUUUUCAGCAUGCAAAUAAGGACAUUGUCUUUCUUAAAAUUGUCAGUUGCAUCUCUGUUGUUUUUAUUAGAGCAAGCCAAGUGCCAUUCUGCUACUGAAAUGUGCAUAAGAUAUUUGUGUAUCUUACGAGUGUGCUGCAAAUCAUAGCCAAAAUCAUGAAGUGUACAGUCAAGAUUCCAAAACUAUGGAAUAUUUUUGCUUGCGUGUUAGAAAAUUUUUCUGGUCCUAAUAUUGAUUACACUAGCAAAAUGGCAGAGUGCUCAUUCCAUGUGGUGUUGCAGUUUCACACACUUACUAUUUUACUGAAUAUUGUUGUUUAAAUCAUAGAGUACUGUACAAAUAACUAAGGAUUAUACCUUGAAAAUAUUUUGUAUAGAAAAUAUAUUUAGAAAAGUGGUGAUUGGGCCACUACCUUUUUCUUGAUAAGCUUCUCAUGGGUCCAGGUAUAGCUCACUCAUGAGUGUGCAACAGUCCUUUUGCAGUGAAUGAAGAUUAAUUACCUUUAACAAGAGAUGUAGAACAUGGUAAUUCAAAACAGUAAUUUUAAAUCUUCUAAAUAGAUUCUGCUAAUACUGCUUAAAAGCAUCGCAGCCUUUGUGAUUGCACUUUUCUAUGGUUUCCCUAAAGAUUGGAAUUUGGGAUACUGGCUAUUUUUGGAAAAUGGCUUCUGGUCAGAUUACAUUUCUUCUAAUAAAGCCUCCAUAAAAAGGAAGUUAAAAAUAAUGUAAGUGUCUAUGGAACAAAUAAAUCCCUGUAAGAUUCCAACUAAGGCAAAAUCUUACAUAAUUACAGCCUUUCAUAGUAAUCAUUUCCUUUUAAGAUUGGCUGGAGGUAUAUAAUAUGCUAAAACAACAAAAAAGCUUUAAUUACAUUAUAUGUCUCUUGUGACUAUCUGGAGUUUAGAACUCAUUAUAGAAAUUUUCAUUCAUAUUUCCAUAAAAGUAGAGGUAACGCAAUACUGAAGAUAAGCAGUCUGACCAAAAUAAUUGUUCAGGUCUUCUUUUCCUAUGACCUGGUAGUGCUGGAUAAAAAGUGAUUGUUGCCUUAGGUAUUGCAAGCGUAAUGGUUCUAGGGUAGGAUGUUUGGCGAGGUUUCUGGUUAUUUUGCGGGGAGCACAGUCAUGCAUUAAGUUUUCUGUGGUCUUCCGUUGUCUUUGCUCUGCUUAAAGGUCAGUUGAGUUUUUCACUUCAAGUUCUGUGGAGAUACUUACAGUUCUGUACCAUUAUGUAAUUUCUACUUAAUACACGCCUGCUAGUAUUGUAGAUAACUAUUUACUUUCUUAUGCCUUUUGCAUAUAGCAAAAAGGAACCAAAUCAACUUUUCAGAAGCUACUCUAGAGUGAGCUAACUGUACUUAGAUAAGACAAAGUGAAAAUUCUGUCUUGGGAUCAAGUAUAAAAGGUAGAUGCAAGGCUGUUGCUCCUCUGUGAAUUUUUGUUCCUGUACAUUAGUAUGUUUCUGUAGGAGAAAGAAGCAUGUUGUGGAUUAAAUCUGGCCCCUUUAACCUUAGUAGGAGUUCUAACAUUGAUGACUUGAGGAACCCAUACAUAGUCAGGUUAACUUCUACCAUUGCACUCCGAAGCCCGUAUGACAUGCAGAAAUAAAGAUGCUGUCAGUAGCAGUCUGUUUAGGAAACCUGCCAUUGCAGGUCAAGGUUGCACAUAUUGUGCAGAUGCCAGUGAACCUGGGGAAGCAAAACAUUUAGGAAGCUGCUGCUCUUUUCUGCAGGCAUAGCAUGCUGACUGGUAUAGGCACUGGUGUGCCCACGUUGUAGAUGGGAAGGGGGGUACAUGCUGGCUGCAGGAAGCAGUCGUCUUUUUGCCCACCCAGUCUAUGAUGUGCUACUUGACAGAAACAAGAACAUACUCCAUGUAGGAAGGGCUUUCCUUCUCUGCAGGGUCUCUAGGGAAAAACAGAUUCUUUGUGUGUAUGGAGGUCCUCCUCCUCAUGGAGCAGCUUGGAAGAGCAGAGCAUGCAUGCUAAUUGCAAAUCAUUCUUCUCUUUAGUAUAUACAGUUGUUUUGUAUGGUAGAAAUAGGAUAUUCCUUGUAAAUAUUUACAUGCACAUACAAAGGACACCUUAGAGUUUUUAUAUAUUUCACAUGUUUUUAUACCAGAAUUUUCACUGUAGAGUCACUUGACAUAAAGCGCCUGUUUCAGUUUAUCACAAACCUAAUGGUAGUACUCUUAAACAUAAUUUCUGCUUGGUUCAGGGGACAAUUUUUUUCUCAACAGUUGCGCCUGCUGUUUUGACAAAUUUGAACAGAUUUGUUUUAAAAAGAGAAGAACACAUUAUUUUUAAUCCAUUUUUCAGUUACAUUACACAGAAGUUUGCAUCCACCUAACAGGACCCCUGCAACAGGACUACUUUGUAUUGGCUUCUGAGUGGCAACUAGCAGGAGAUUUGUCUGUCCAAUGACUUUCUGUAUUCACAAUUCAGAGAACUGUGACUUCUCUUGAUCAAAAUUGGACAUUGGUUUAAUUCAUGGUAUUUUCUUGAUGCAACUUAAAGCUACAUUACGGAAGGCAAAUCUUCAUUUUAAGCAUGGAAAAUACUGACAAAUAAGAUUUAAUGUUCCUAGAUGAGAAUCAUGGCAUUAAAUGCAUAUGAUCUAGCCACCUACACUUUAUGCAUUUCUGAUCUGAUGGCAGGGUGCCUGAGUGCUGUUAUAGUUUAAUAGUUUUUGUAGCAGUGAAGUGCCAGUGAAAUACAUAUCUUAACUGGGCAGCUUGUGUAACACAGGCAUUGCCUUCUUCCCAGGAAAUUUCUCUCCCAUAUAAUACCUAUGUGCCAUGUGUCUACAUAUUUAAUUCAGUUGUGCCAAUUAAGAAUAUCUGAACAGCAUAGGAAUAUGAGAAUGCGUGUACAGAUUCCUGUGUGCCAAAGAUGGGGUAAAGUGAAAGGAGUACCUAAGCAUUCCAUUAAAACUGCACCAUAUGCCACCCGAGAGCAGACUGCUGUAUGCAGUCACACUUUCUGAGCAUUUCCAUGACAAAGUGUCACCACUGCAUCUUUGUAAAGAAUAGGAAUAUAAAAUAAGUGUUGCUGCCACUGUGUUUCUAUGGCUUUCCCAUAUUGGCAGUACCUAGCUGCAGAGGAGUAAGACCUAAAAAAUUCCCCACUACUAGCUAAUCUUGCUGUCUCUUACUUAGUACAUUUGAUGUUUGUUGGGUUUUUUUUCCCUAAAAGUGAAAAUCUGCUUUUAACUCUGGGGUAAGUCAUUAAUGAAAAUCAUAAGCAACUUUUUGUUGGCCAUAGCUGUAUGCUGCAUUUGUCUAGUAACAAACCGUAAGCUAGGUUUUACAAGUGAGAUCCUAUAAUAUCAAAACCAAUAUGGAAUUAGAUGAUUAACCAAGGAAUGUAUCUUCCAUCAUGCGUUACUACAUUGCUCAUAGCUAAGGGCCUAGUCCUGUAAGCAUAUUUUUAUUUGGAUGAAAUACCAAAUAAGAUUACCACAAAAAUCAAAGUGACUCAUCGCUAGAGCAGGUACUGUUCCUAUGAAAGCUUCUGGGAUCUGGGUCCUGGGAGUAUGCAGCGCUGUAAGUGUAUUGUGCAUACUCAGCUAGCUUGCAGUUGUUAUGCAAAAAAAUUUCUGAAAAGUACUAUUUUGACUUUACUGAAAAAGUUAGAUAAAGCAAAGUGCCUGAUUAUUAAUACAGAAUACCUUUUAAGCCCACUAUUUGCGUUUGGCAGGGUAAUAUUUGCUUUGUAUUUUAUCUAGGGUCUUAAUAUUUUCAGCAAGAAGAUUUCAUAAACAUGUUGUAUUGAGAAGCUUUCUUUCAUGGGAAACAAGCAGAAAAUGUGCUCUGUUAGAUAAUUUAAAAAUCAAAAAACCUAUCUCAGUAGAAACUAUAUGAAAAUAAGUACUUUUAUAUUUAAAUUAUUUCAUUUUCUGCGUGAGGAACCCUUGAAGUCUUGAUCUUGGUCUUUUUUUCUCCCCAGGUUCCAACAAUUUGACUUGGCUUUUCUCUUCUGCAGUUAUCAGUAACAGUUCCAGUAUAUCUGCAGGAGAAAAGAGAUUGAUCACAGUCCCUUUAGAUAUAACCUAGGCUCUUGCUCUCCGCUGCAGACAAAGUGGUGAUCCAGAGAUCCGUCUCCAUGUCUCCCAUGUUUAAUUGUUAGACAUGACUUCGUGAGAGACGGAAACAAUUUUCUUUCUCUGCUGUUUUCUCAAAUAACAAAAUAGGCCAGUGCUCAGUCCUUUCACUGAACCAAUCACUGAGUUGGAUUGUUCCCAGAAAAAGUGUUCUUGGCAGGACUUGCAACCAAAGGAAUAGCAUCCAGCUCAGCCAGGUACUACAUCUGGCAGAAAUAUUAGAGAGCAGAUAGUUGUCCAAAGCCAGUCUUAAGUCUCAAAAUAAACAGACUGAGCCCUGUUUAUAGGGGGGCUACAUAAAACACUGGUCACUUACCUGGACUGAUCAAAUGCAUUUUUAUCCUGGAAAAGACCAGAGGUGGAUAAGACUUACAUGCCUAUCCACAGCAAAUACAUAAAUAUAGAGAUGCUUAAAUCAAGAGCUCGGUCCAGUUUCUUCACUUAACCUAGACAGGUUGAAGGCAUCUGUUCGAUUCCAUUGGAAAUGCAUAUAUCAUGCAGGACAUUCCCCUCUCAUUUUACUUCAUGCUAUGUUAUUUUAUUAUUUAUCUCAAUUAAAAUGUUUAUGCAGGCACCCAGUGUCCUGUAAUUAAUUCUAGGUUCUUACACAACCUUUGCCCGUUCCCAUAUCCCGCCCCAUUUCAUGCCCAACAAGUAGAAACAUUGAGGAGUUAGAAGGGAGAAAUUGCACAUGAGGAAUCGGCUCAUAGGUUUGGUAUGUCAGGCAGCUCUCAUGGAUUUCAGUAAAGUUUUCACGUCCUGCCUUUUGAAUCCUUUAUAGCCAGUUUGAACAAGGUAAUGCUUCCGCGAGGUGUUCAGCCAAAGACACUUGUUUGAGGAAGGAUUGCAGUCUACUGGAGCGUGUUCCAGGAUGGAUUCCAAGACACAAGGGGAUUGAUUCGCCCUAAAGGAAAUGUGAAAAGCUUCCAACUGCUCAUUUACCACAAGUUUUAUCACGUAUGGGUGGUCUGGCCUUCAGACCUCAGCUGAAAUCUACCUGUUGAUUUUUUUAUUUUUUUUUUCUUUUAACUACUGUCUACUCUGUCUGUAGAUCAGAUUAAAACAUCAGAUUCUGGAACAGGAAAUUGAUUAAUUAAUGAAUUCCUGGCACAUUCUUCCAUCCAAGGCAUGUGCUAUAAAUCUUCUUCUGAAUUCAGGUAGCUUGCUACCUUACAGUUGAGUAAGGCCGUUGUUUCUUUCUCUAGUAAGCAAUUUAGGUCCGUGCAGUUCUGGAGCGUGGCAGUGAACCCGAGGAGCUCUAUAGAAAGCUCCAGGCUACCUUUUGUACUUGCAGAAAGAGACCCAGUUCUAUAGGCUCAGGGUGGGGGAGACAUGCUGGAGUGAAAGAUUUCAACAAGCAGAAGUUUCAGUAAUUACAUUAAUUUUAACCAAAGAGGGGCAUUAGUUUGACUUUGCAUGUUUAUCUGAACCAUUAGGCAUACUUUCCUUUGAAGUAACUUUUGCGUGUAUUUUUAGCAAAUGCUUCUAACAAGGUGUAAUAAUGUGACAGUUGACAGGAUGAGGUGAACAGAAGUAGUUACUGUGCACUUGCCUUUUUCCUCAUGAUAGUGAGUGGAAAGCAAAGCGAGAGUUGAGCGUGGGUUGCUAUCCGAUACACAACCUGGCUGCUACAGCAAAGCGUUUGUGCUGCUACUUAAUGUGCUGAGGUUGGUAUUACAAAUGAAGUUGUAAUAAAGCUGUUUAUUAUCAACGUGCGAGGCACAUAUUUUAUGAUGGUAUUCUAUUCCUAAAAUUCUCUUUUUGUAUUAGGGUAUAGCGGACGUCGUUGCUGUUGUCUCAUGAAUUUUGAUGCAGUAAAAUGAAACAUGCUCCCUUUUUACUGAAAAAUACCACAUACUAAUUGAUUCAAAAUUACUUUGUUGCUAGAUACUUAGUUUGUUCAUAAAAAAAGGGUUGUUUAAAAUAAACUAUUUUUAUGGGUAAUCUGAUUGCCUAACAGUUUUAAGGGACCUAUUUAAUACCAAAGGUAAAGCCACCCAGAAACUGACUUGGAAUAAGGCAUCGACGCUUUUCUGGAGUGCUGCGGUCAAGAGUUACACCUGGAAUCAGUCAGGCAGAACUUAACCACCGGUAGCUGUCUGUGUCACCGAGCGAAAGGGUUAGGCACACCUAGCAGUUUCCAAAACUAAAUAGAAAAGGAAAAAACCCGACAGGAGCAGCAUAAAGGUUGAGUGAACAGACCAAGAGUCGCGCUUUGAGCCCCAGCUCACGUUGGCAAAGAAAAGCACAAAGGCUUGCGUUACUGAUGCGUCUGCUAUACCUGGCCUGUGAACUAACAAAAAACUUCAGCGUGCUGUCAAUCCUGUAAACCUUCCAAAGCACAAAAUAUUCACCAAGCUACUUUGGGGUUUUCUAGUCGUAGUUCAGUGAUAUUUUGGAGGGUGGAAAGGACAGACUUGGAGGAUAAUGAGAAGAUAUUAAGUAACGUUUUACAGAUUUUUAUAGAUAUUUUUUUAGCAAAUGGCAUUGCUGUCCUCGAUGUGAGACCAUUGAUUAGCAAGAAGUCAAUUAUUUUACUUGUGCAGUAUAAAAUAGAAAGAAUAAAGAAAUCCAAAUAUCUUGAUUUCCUUUUCCGGGAUAGUGAUUAACUAAACCGGAAAGUAAUAGGACGAUUUAAUUAUUUAACUGACUGAAAUAUUUCAUUCUAAAAACUCACUGAUCGUGUUUUCUUUUCUCAAAUACAAGCUUCUUAGCAUAAACAUGAAGCAAUGCAUUGGGUUUUUUUCCCUUAUUGCAGACUUAAAUAUUGAAAGGAAAAUAUUUUGCUUUUUUUUUUUUUAAAUUAAUGCAAAGCCUGAAUUGAUGGAUGUUCCAGGCUACUGAGUAGAUGAUACAGUUACUCUUAAUGGAAUUUUUUUGGGAUGGGGGCCUAAGUGUCCUUAUAUAAGCUGUGAUCCAAGUUACGAUAAGAAAGGAGCCUAUGGUGAGCAGUAAUAAUGUUCUAAUGCUUCCUUGCAUUUGAUCAGUAGUUACCAGUUUUUAAUACAACAGCCCUCACAGUACUUAGGAGCUCAUAGAACAUAUUGUGAUGUUAUGUUGCUAAUUUGUUUUAAAAUAUAAAAUGUUUUAAGCUUUUUGUCAAAAGUGAUAACAUCAUAUUACAAAUAAACCUUUUUGUGGUUGUAAAAUUUAGCUUAUAAAUCAUUCAAAUUGAAGUGAAAAAAACACAGGUCAUUGUUAAUGACAGUCUAUCCUACUAUUAAGAAUAUAUGUAUUUUUGUAAAGGAAAAGCACUUGUAGAUAUUUAAUCAGUCCAAUAUCUAUCUAUGUUAAUGUUUUGGAAAAAAAAAAGAAAACAAAAUGCUGCUUAGAGAAUCACUUACAUAUUUUUAUUUUUUGUGCUCAAAUGCAUUUUCUGUUGAUUUAUGGAAUGUUUAUUCUGUGUGAAGCUGUAUAGUUAGUACAGCUGGGCUAAAUGCAUUUCUUACCUUAACAUAAUCAAUUGUAUCUGACUAUGAUAAUAUAUUUUCUGUCCGAUCAGAAAGCUAAUUGCAAAACACAGACUGGUGGUGCUGUUCUUCAUCUUUGAUAUUCACUUCAUCCUGCCUUAUAACAUUUCUACUUCAUAAUAAUUAUAAAAAAUACUAAUAAUUCUUUUGUGAUGUUUGUGUUUUAAUGGAUGUUUCAGGGUAUAUUUGGUUAUUCAGCUGAAUCUUACUAUAAUUAUAGACAUUUUUAUGCAAUGGUGACAGAAUUUUAUGUACAGUAUUUAAAAAAAAAAACAACUGUUCCCUGGAUGAAAAAGUAUGCCAGAUCAGUCAAGUUUAGUACUUGCUUUCCUCCAAAGGAAACUACUGCUGGGUACAUGCAUGGAGCGUGAUUGCGUCACUAAAGUUUCUGAGCGUUGUACAAAUAGCAUUCUUUAAAUUUAGAAUAAUUAAUUUCUUGUAAUAUUUUGCAGCUAUUUGAAACCUCACUCUUAACUGUAUUUUGAUUCAAUGUAGUGCAUUAAUACACUUUCAGGAAAAAAAACAGGAAAGCAAAGAAUUUUAUUAAAGUACAGUAAAGAGUGGUGGCCACAUUUGUUUGUAAUUAUUGGUGUAAAAUCCAAAAUCUAUUUACUUAUUUCAGUGGGAUUCUACAGGGGUCCGCUCCAUGGGCCUGAUGCCGAGUUAAGCUCUUCAGUUUGACCUCAGCAGCGGAGCUACUUUCUUUAAUUAUCCUUGUAGCUAAGAGUCGAAAUGGCCCAGAGUUCCUGCUUCCUCACUGAAUUUCCUUUCAUGGGUGGCUACCAUUACUUAAAUUUAUUCUUACUGUAUUAACCUUCCUAUAAGU